GAAGUCUAACGUUCGAACAGCGACAUGUUGACAACUUGAACUCGAUACCUCUUUCUCCUUGCUCGAGUCAGACGAUUGACUUUGGACCAACUAAUCAACAAGCAACGGUCCUGUAGUACUUCAGACCGGCGCCAUGAGCGAGGAAUCGGAAGACAGCUAUUUCUUUGACGCAGCCUGUGAGCUUCAGGCGUGUCUCAACCGCAACACAUACAGCCCCGACAAAUGCGACAUGUAUCUGCGCAAAUUGUACAAGUGUUGCCAGUCCAUGUAUGAACGGACCGAGGGCAAAGGAGAGUCGACAGCCUGUCCCAAGCCGAGCGUCGUCCGCAGAUGGCUGAAGAACCAUGGAGAGAACGUAACGUAAACUGCAUGUGAUCCGAGCAAUGAUGCAUGAUGUGUCGGAUGACACUUGAAUGAGGGGGAUGAAAGACUACGAAGUACUAUUUGCAUUCAAUGAGAUGAUGCCGAACUAGAAUGCAAAGUUGACUCCGCCGUGGUAUUCGGAUGGUCGCGAGAACGUGG